AUGGCUACUCCCUCUUCCCCGACUGUCUCAGACCGCGAAUCUCCCACUCCCAACCACCAGCCCACAGCAACAAUGGGCGGAGCCAGCUCCAGACCCACCCCCGCCAACAACGCCGGCGGCGGCUCUGGCAUGGGCGACAAGGGCUUCAUGAAGGGGAAUAGAGGCGGACAUGUUUCCGCCCAAACCCCCCAACAAACAAUAUACAGCUUCCUCAGUCUCAAAAGCCAAAAAGGAGAAGGCGAGAGGUACCUUGAUCGACGCUAUAGGGAGACCAACGGGGGUACGACCAUGGGGCCGCCGACGUGCGAAACUGAGGAUCAUAGUUUUAUGGAGCAUACACCGGGUUGUCCGUCGACGUUGCCCGGGUGGGGGAAGUUGAAGCAUGCUGGGGAGAUGUGA